AUGUCCGAGACUCUCGUCGAUUCCAGUCCUCGCACUAAUAGCACGUUCGAGACUCUCGUCAAUUCCAGUACUGGCACUACUAGUAAUGGCACGUCCGAGACUCUCGUCAUUGCCAGUCCUCGCACUAAUGGCAGCACUGGGUCACCUCUGCCUGAGCUGCCUGGACUUCUUCCCGAUGUCAGGGAGAGAGUUUUCCGUCAUUCUGGUCUUGCAGACAACAACGAUCGUCUUUCCUUGCUUGGGGCCACAAUUUUGCCUCUCGUCGUGACUGAAUGGCUUAUGGACAGUCGACCGCUGGCCGCAUCAGGAGAGCUUACGCAACAGCGCUCGUUGCGUGUCGACAAAAAAGUUGUGGCGAAGUGGUCUCGGAUGUAUGACUUACCGAACCGUCUGAAUUGCGCUGCCAACGAAAUGAUGGUGCGCGCCAGUAUUCCCGCCCAAAGCCAAGUUUUCUAUGCAUAUAUCGGAGCGAUUCGUCAAACUGAAGACCCCGGCGAAGAUGAAGACGAAUAUGGGUGGACUCAAGUUAAUCGCUUCGUUCGUCGACUGCUUGAUGCCGAUCCAACUCUCACGCUUCGCGAAUAA